GAGGAGGGACUGAGGGAGGGCUCUCUUCCGACCAGAGCUGCUGAUAGCAUUGAAAUACCCACAAGCUAGGUAGAAAUAAUUGACGAUUCUAAGUCGUAGAACCAACAAGAAAAUAACAUUACUGUUACAAGUGUUUCACAUCCCACUUCAAACACACUAACACGGCAUUGAUGGUAAUGUAUGCAAGGAAACAACCGAGACUCGGCGAUGGGUGCGACCGAAGAGAUUCUCAGCCCUAUCAGCAGACUCUCAAAUACUCAUCCAAGAGCCAUCCAGGAGGGGACCACCGACAUGAAAAGAUGCGAGACUCUUCAGAUGUCACUCCUCCCUGCAAAAUACUUCGGAGGUCUGACAGCCCCGAAAACAAACAUGUUGACAGCAUGGGGCACAGCAGAGCAAAGGCUGUCCACACACAUCGAGUCAGAGACAGGGAUGGAGGGACCAGUUAUUCCCCUCAAGAAAAUUCUCACAACCACAGCACCCUUCAUAGUUCCAACUCCCAUUCAAACCCAAGCAAGACCUCAGACGCAUCCCACGAACCUGGUGAUGACUGGUCAGAGCACAUCAGCUCCUCUGGAAAGAAAUACUAUUACAACUGCAGGACAGAGGUGUCUCAGUGGGAGAAGCCCAAAGAAUGGCUGGAGAGGGAACAGAGGCAAAAAGAGACAUCAAAGACUGCAGUUGUCAACAGCUUCCCCAAAGACAGGGACUACAGAAGGGAAGCUAUGCAAGCGUCAGCAACUCCAACUGGUUCCAAGUCCGCCGCGGUGGAGAAACCUGCUUCCGCACUUGCUACACAGUCUCAGUCGUCAACUUCGGGCUCGGGAGGCUUAAACCUUUCAUCAGGGCCACCCGGAUCAUCAGCCUCCACAGUGCCCGUGUCUCCGGUCCUGCAGUCGUCAAAUCCACUACUUCAGGACCCUCUGCUUCGCCAGCUACUCCCAGCACUUCAGACUGCUGUGCAGCUGAACAAUGCCAGUGUGGACAUGGCAAAAAUCAACGAAGUCCUCACAGCUGCUGUCACACAAGCUUCAUUACAGUCGAUGCUCCAUAAGAUCCUCACUGCUGCACCGUCAGCAUUCAAUAUCACUACUAUCCUCUCUCAAGCUGCUCAACUCUCCAACCAGGCAGCUCAGCAAUCGAACCAGUCGCCAAUGUCGUUAACUUCCGACGCCUCAUCGCCCCGUUCCUACGUUUCUCCACGGAUCAGCACGCCGCAGACCAACGCUGGUCCUCUAAAGCCCCUCCUCAGUUCACAGCCUGUCAUCUCACAACCAAAAGUGAGCACAAUAGUUGCAAAGUUGGCAUCUCUUCCACAGCCCACAUCCCAGCCGCCCCUCUCCAGUGAUAAGCAGCAGAGUUAUGAUGCCUCCAUGUCUUUACCCCCACGCACCCUACAGCGCCAAGGCAGUCAGAGGAGUCCCUCUCCAGGUCCCAACCACGUUGCCUCCAGUAGCAGCAGUGGUGGCAACAGCAAUGCCUCCAACUCUGCCUCAGUUCCCUCCAACGCCUCAGGAGCACGACCUUCAUGUUCCUUCACCCCUACCCUCGCUGCUCACUUCAAUGAAAAUCUUAUAAAACAUGUGCAGGGCUGGCCUGCUGAGCAUGCAGAGAAACAGGCUUCAAGAUUACGUGAAGAAGCUCACACCAUGGGGAGCAUCUGCAUGUCUGACAACUGCACUGAGCUCAAAAAUCUCCGGUCUUUGGUUAGAGUCUGUGAAAUCCAAGCGACAUUGCGUGAACAGAGGAUACUGUUUCUGAGACAGCAAAUCAAAGAACUUGAAAAGUUGAAGAAUCAGAAUUCUUUCAUGGUCUGAGGACUUCUGGCAGAGAGUCGAGGCAACGUUGGAAAAAUACGGGAUAAAGACCCAUUGCACAUAGUUGGAAGCUGGCUGGAGAGCAGUUCACUUCCUCUUGAGCCCAGUUUCGACACACAGGAUUUGCGGUUUGGUUUCCUUUGGACCGUUGGACUGGGAAAACUGAGUGGAGAAAAUAUGAAGAGCUGCUUUGGGAGAAGGGGAAGGAUGGGAUGCUUUACAAGUUCUGUAAAAAAACCCAUGGUGGAGAAAAAAAUGUAGAUUUCUUGUAGAUGUUAUUAUCUAUGUUGUAAAUAUGUUUUGUAGAUUGAAGCCAUGGAAAGCCAUGCCUAUCAAAGCUUUUGACAUCCAAACUAAUCAACACCUAGGUGGCUACAUGCAUUAGCUAGCCUUUCCUUCAUGUUAACGCAUCUGCAGACUUCAAGCUUGGUUCUGUCCGUUUAUAGAUCAUUGAACCAUGGAGCAUGUUUGGGUCCUGAGUGUAGACGGGAGGGUGUUUUCACACAUUUAUUUAGCCAGUAAAUGUACGUAAAGCAUAACACGCAGGUGUCAUUUAUUGUCUUUCCCCCCCUCUAGUCUAUAUGAACUGUCAACUUGACCUAAAUUAUGACUCUGGCUGAACUGUAACAUGUAGCCAGGCAUGAGGAGCAGCCCCCUCCCUGAAGGUCUAUCCCAUAUGCUCACUGUGGUUCAGUGAUCUAUGUGCAGCUUUUGGUGACCCUGCAUUACUUAGUCUGAAUAAAAAACAGUGCCUGGUGGUGUGGUGGAGUGACUGGUUUAAAAUAAUAAAAGUCAAAACGCGUGCGAGAAAAAAAAAAUUAGAGAUGUGAUGGUGUGCUCCUUUGAACCAUUCCCCUGCUCUGGCCUCAGCUCUGCUGCACCGUUUUCAAAGGCUACAUCUAUAUUACUGUUUUCAUUUAAGAACAUUCUGCUUCUUGUACACCAGCCGCCUACGUUAUCCUGGUGUUUAGGGUUCGAAAGUUGGAAGGGUUAAGAACCCCUGCAGGUUCUUUUUUUUUUCUGAGAACCUAAGUUCAAAUUAAUUCUCCCAAAUAUGUCUGGACAGAAUUUAGCUGUGAGCUCUGGAGUUAACUGCUAUCUAAAAAUUCCUCAAAACUACAAAAGAGAGGAUUUGCUUCCUCUUGAUGAUAGCCUGAGAGGUCAGUGCAAUGUCAUGUGAUUUUGGACUUUUGGUUUCGUACGCUAGCAGAUAGCUUCUGAUACAGAGCUAAAGGCUUAGCAUUUGAAAAUAAAACAGUAAUAUGAAUGUAGUCUCAGUACUUCUCACUCUCCUUUGUGAAAUUGUUUAUUUUUGUGUGGGUUUUCCUUCCUCUCUUUCCUUCCCCUUCCUGACUUUAAGCUACCACUGGUUCAUUCCUUUGUACAGACUCUUCACGGAGCGAGAAGCUUUUAUUUAUAACAGUUGUAGCGAUGAGCAGUGACUCACAGUGACACCAUGCAUUCUCGUUUGCACCCAGUUUUGGUGGUUGGAGACAGUUAUGAUGUGGAUUGCUUCGGUCAGUGCAGGGCAUCAAGAGGUCACAUGGUCAAAUGUGAAAUGUAACUAUUGUAAUAAAAAUAUUCAACUAAAUCGAGCACUGGUUAUUUUAUUGGAUCUUUAGGGUUUGGAUCAUACACUAGUGCCUUGUUGAAAGUCUUAAGCCUCGUUUACCUAAAAGUCCCACAUUUUCCUUUUCUCUGACCAACAGAAAGAUCCCCAGCAAGCAUGUGGCAUACCUGGUUGUUUAUCGUAGCACGUCCCAUCCCUCUGGUUUGGUCCCCAAUGACAAGCAGCAGGUUUCUGUGCCAGUUUCUUUUUCUUUUCUUUUUUUUUAGGUUCUGUUUCACCAUGCUAUCUCAAUUAUUGUCAACAAUCGAACUGCACCACACAUUCAGUAAAGGUGACCAUGUCAUUGCUUUGUAUAUUGUUUCCUGAAGUAUAUUGACAAGUGAAAUAAAAUAUGCCUCUCCAGG